AUGAGCACAUGCCGAUGGUGUACACUUAGUGGUUCUGACACCACUGAGUUCCUGAAGAGCUAUGCUUCUGAACAGCUGUCCCUGGAAGAAUUUGAAGGAUCCAAUGAUGAUCUCUGUUACUGCCUGGAGUGUGUGGUUGAGUACCACAAAGCAAGGGAAAAAUUGCCAAGGUUGCAUAAGGUCUUGUGGGAAUUGGAGACCUCCCGUCUGGUUGCCCAUAUUGAGAAAUCCAUGCGAGAAGAAGCUGCAGAUGAUGAUGAUGAGUUGUUCUUAGUGGAUGAGCAAGGAGAGACACGACUGUCUGGUUAUGUGGGCCCAGAGUUUGAGAAUAACCUGCGAGUGCCCAUUCUAGAAAUACUGAAAUAUCCAUAUCUGCUGCUGCAUGAGAAAGUCAGUGAACUGUGCGUAGAAGUGCUCUGUAGAAUGGAACAAAGUCACAGCUCCUUUCAGGUCUUUGAUAAAUAUCCAGGAAUUUAUCUCUUUUUGGUUCACCCAAAUGAAGUGAUUCGUCGAUGGGCCAUCCUGACAGCAAGGAAUUUAGGGAAGGUUGACAGGGAUGAUUACUAUGACUUACAGGAAGUGCUGACUUGCUUAUUCAAAGUUAUUGAGUUGGGGCUUUUUGAGAGUCCAGAUAUUUACAGUUUUACAGUGAUUGAAAAGGGUAAACUCAUCCUUCUGCCGUCUCAUUUAUAUGAUACUGCCAACUACAAGAACUAUUGGCUAGGGAUUUGUAUGUUGCUAACAGUGCUGGAAGAACAAGCUAUGGACUCCUUGUUACUGGGCCCAGACAAACAAAAUGAUUUCAUGCAGUCUAUACUUCACACCAUGGAGAAAGAAGCACCUGAUGAUUCUACUGACCCCUUCUGGCCAGCGCUGCAUUGUUUCAUGGUUAUUCUGGAUCAGCUCGGAUCUAAAGUAUGGGGUCAGCUUAUUGAUCCUGUCCAAGCCUUUCAAACCAUUAUCAACAGUGUGAGCUACAACAAUGAAAUAAAAAAUAUACGCAAUAGCUUUAAGAGGACCAAAUCUGAACCAGAACCAGACUACGAUGAUGACAUGGUUACUUGUAGUCAGAUUGUGUAUAAUUAUAACACAGAGAAGCCUCAAAAGGAUGCUGGGUGGAAGACUGCCAUCUGUCCAGACUACUGCCCCAACAUGUAUGAAGAAAUGCAGACAUUGGCUAACAUGCUUCAGUCUGAUAUCGGCAGAGAUACACGUAUCCACGACAGCACGUUUCUGUGGUUCAUCCCUUUCGUUCAGUCGCUUAUGGAUCUCAAGGACUUGGGUGUAGCAUAUAUAGUAGAAGUCAUUCACUACCUUUGCUCAGAAAUCAAAGAUACUCUCAAUGAAAGAUUCCAGCAGUGUGACAAAAUCUCUGAGUUUUUUCUUCUGAUUUUGGUGUCGAUUAUUGAACUACACAGAAAUAAAAAGUGCCUGCAUUUGCUAUGGAUCUGUUCCCAAGAAUGGGUGGAGGCAGUGGUGAGAUGCGCGAAGCUUCCAGCUAUAGCAUUUACGCUUCGCACUGACAAAGUGUCUGGACACUGUGUGAAAAGUUCUUCAAUAUCUUUCCAAGCUUCUAACUCCGUGCAGCACUCCUGUGUGCAGUUAAUACGCAGCCUUCUUAAAGAAGGCUAUCAGAUCGGGCAGCAUGCUCUUUGCAAGCAAUACCUAGACAAGCUCAAUCUUCUUCUGCGAGGAAAUGUAUCUUUAGGUUGGCAUCUGAACGUCCAGGAAACCCAAGAAUUGCAAUUAUGUUUAAAGCAAGUUAUAAGAAAUAUCAAGGGCAGAGUGUCGCAUACCUCUGCGCCAGUUGCUCUAGCUCCUUUAAAAGUGAACCUCCUCUGCAGGAAGAUGGAGGGAUUAGUAACACCUUACUGCAAAAACCAAGAAAACUCAGUCCAUGAUAUAAAAAGGAAAGUGAAAGGUGCUGUGAGAUCUUCCAGUGAUGGCCAAAGUAGCAAGUCUUCCUGUGUUGGAGUUUGCCUUGACAACCAAGUCAUCGUGAUUUCAGACUCUUCUGAUGAAGAAGGGCGUGCAGCUGACAAGAAGGGAGCAAAAAAAAUGGAUGAAAAUGUGUGUCCUGAAGAGCAGCCUGCAACUUCCAGCUGCGUUUCUGAAUCAAAACCUCCAGGCUCUCCCUUACUACUGGAAGACUGUGAGUCUCAGUGCUUUGAAUUUGAAACUCAAGCUGAUAUCUUUUCAGCUUGGCAAGAUACUCAAGACUAUAGUAUGGAAGCAACUCAAGAGUACAAACAAGAAUGUGUUUCAACGGUGGGUGGCAGUAGUAAUUCUGAUGGCUUUCUGAAUGAUCACACAAACGAAUGGGGUUAUGAUGUGGAUUACUUAAGCGAUGAUGCCAUGGAAGAAGCAGACUUGAUAGAAAAGCAGAUAGAAAGUGUUUCUCAUCAGAAAGAAGGUGAUAAUACAAAAGAAGUAGUUAAUUCCACAUUGCAAGAAUCCAUAAGUAAGGAAAAUGCAAAAGAGCAGCUGGAGAAUUUUGCAGACAAAGGUACUGUUGCUAAACACCUCACCCUAGACUCAAAAUCGACUGAACCCAGAGCAUCUACCUCUAACAUCUCAUUAGCUUCAAAGUUGGCCCUUAAGAAAAGUAGUGUGAGCCCACGGAAGAACAUAGCAAAAUCUAAAGGAGCGAGAACUAUUCUAAGAAGUCCUAAAAACCCUUUCGUUCUUAAAACGGCACAAAAUAAAAAACUACUUCAAAGUACGCUAAGAAUUUCUCAACCUGACCGGUCAAUGCCUGCUGUGGUUCCGCCGAGGAAGGUUCGGCAAUGUCCUGCACCAGCAUCGACUGUAGAAAAACUCGGUCUGAAGAAGGCACCCCGCAAAGCGUUCGAAUUAUCCCAGCGCUCUUUGGACAGUAUAACGCAAUUGCGCAGCCACGGCAAAGCUGCAGGGAGGAUUGGAGUUCCACAGAAACGGGAGACUAAACAAAUUGCUGCUCAGAGUUUGUAUGUAAAGCAUAACAAAAAAUUUCUAGCCUGCCAAGAGCGGCAAUAUUUAAGGCAGACAAGGCCCAAAAAAAGUGUCAGAGCGAAAAACCCCGCAGGAAGUUCUGAGAGCAGAAACAAAAAAGUUAGCACAGUGUCUGCAAAAUCUGUGAAACGAAAGCCUGAAAAUUUUGAACUGGCAUCUGUUGAAAACCAAAGAGAGAAAAAAAGGGAGACUGUUAGUCCCUCUGCCAGCAAGAGAAAAUUUGAAAGCCUCUCGUGUGUCUCUAAAAUGCUUAGUUCUUCAGACUUGACUGGAAAAUCAGAGGGUUACAAUAGGGUGGUUCCUCCUGUACCUGUGGAUUCAAGUCUCAAUUCUUCUGUGCUUGCUGGGCAUGAUAAAAAUGAACCUUCCGGAAAAGGUUGCGUUGUCCAGCCGGAGCAUGAGAAGACAACUUCAAAAGAGAAUGGUUGCACACCAGAUGAAAACAGUGAAGAUGACGAUGAUUUAUUUUUAACUCAGCGAGAACCUGAGGACAUGGAAUUAUGUUCCCAGGAGGAAAGUGUUCGAGAUACUACUAUAGCUAGUAAAAAACCAGAGGAGAUGGAUACUGCUGAAAGCAUUCAGCAGAAUGAAUCCUUGACUGUUGUGAAAUGUGAGUACAAAGACUGUGUUGAAAAAGUGGGAAAACCAGGAGAGUACUGUAGUAAGCAUUCAGCCACCACCAGCUCAGCAGCAGAUCACCUGUUUGUUAAACCUUCUCUCCUGCCACCUUCGAAAAUAAGAAAGCCUUCCACUACCAAAAUUUUCAGCUCGGUGAGUUCUUCACGGAAUGCAGCCUUAAGCAAGGACCUCGAAAACGUUCCAAAGGUAUCGCCAGCUUCAAAAAGCAAAGCAAGCGCAGUGAAACAGGUGGUGAUCCGGCCACCGAGCACGAAGGCUGUACCGAGAGGCAAUCAGCCCUGCGGCUCUCCAAGUUUCAGUAACCUACCUCAACCCCGUGCUUAUGAUAACGUUCUUCAGCCACAAAACAGACAGAACAACGUUCCAAGUAAUUACAGGCCAGCCCGAGAAGCUUCCUUUAUUGGCGCUCAGCAGCGGGAUCAUAGUGUGUUUGUUAAAGAAGUUCUCAAAUGGACUUACGAUAUGUUUGUGAACUCCAGCCAGUUUGGACCUCCGAGUAAUCUCCUGCAGUCUGUAGUAGCCGCUGUUCCUGUCCAAUUUCAGGGGUACAAUGACUAUUUUAAUACGUUUUUCCCCUUGAUGAUGCUAAAUGCCUUUGAAACACUGGCACAGGACUGGAUAGAAAACCAGAAAGCAAAAGAGAAGUGUUACCUCUUCUGCUUACAGAACUUCUGUGCUGACUUGAAUACAGCAGAUUUUAAAGCUCCUUUUCGAGAAACUGAUCUGGCAAGGCAGCUUCAUCCGAAGGAGGAUGACUUGAUCCUUUUGGUAGUUCAAAAGAAAAAAGACCCCUUUAGGGAAGACAGUGAGAUGGAGACCCAUAUAGUGAACCACGUUGGGCUUGUGACACGAUUUUCUCGUGCAUCUGGCAGUUUAACUAGACAAAAGGAGCAGCAUACCAUCUGUCAUCUUUCUGUGCAAACUCGAGGCAAUUUGUCAUUCUUCAUAAAUAAGGAAGUGAAGUGUGUGGUGCUUGGCUCCCUGGUGACUGUCCAUCGAACGUUCAAAGGUCUCCUGCUCUUGAGCAGGAGUCCCCUGGCUAAACCCAUCAUAGAUCCACGUUACCAGGACUUCUGUCCCAGAGAUUUGCCUGUAGCUUCAGAAAGUGCUGUGAGUCCUGCAGCUAGAAGUAUGAAUGAAUACAAUGAAAAUCAGAAGAGAGCCAUUGAAACAGCUUAUGCCAUGGUAAAGCAACAUCCAGGGCUUCCCAAGAUCUGCCUCAUCCAUGGACCGCCUGGCACAGGGAAAUCAAAAACUAUUGUCGGACUUCUGUCUCGUGUUUUGAGAGAAAAUACUAGAAAUGAGAAAACAGCUCAAACAAGUUCCAAGAUCAAGAAAAACCGUUUCCUGGUUUGUGCGCCAUCAAAUGCUGCUGUUGAUGAACUCAUGAAAAAGAUCAUCAUUGCAUUUAAGGAAAAAUGCCAGAACAAACAGGAGCCUUUGGGAAAUUGUGGUGAUAUCAAAUUAGUGCGACUUGGUGCUGAAAAAGCAAUCAACAGUGAAGUCCGGGGAUUUAGUCUGGAUAAGCAAGUUGAACAUAGAAUGAAACGAAAGCCAACUGACUAUGAUCGGGAUCUUCAGAAGAAAAAAGAAGCUUUGGAUCAAAAGCUGGACAUGCUGUCUCGUCAGCGUGCCAGGCAGAGAUGUGAGAAGAGGGAGAGUCAAAUGUUAGAUGAUGAAAUCGGCAGACUUUCGAAGGAGAGACAGCAGCUUGCUUCUCAACUGAAAGAGGUCCGGGGGCAUUCUCAGAAAGUGCAGACAGAUAUCAUCCUGGAAUCUGACAUCAUCUGCUGCACACUGAGCACAAGCGGAGGAGUUCUGCUGGAAUCUACUUUUUUGCGGCGAGGAGUUGAUUCUUUCAGCUGUGUCGUUGUGGAUGAGGCAGGACAGUCCUGUGAGGUUGAAACACUGAUUCCACUGAUCCAUCGCUGUAAUAAACUUGUCCUUGUUGGAGAUCCCAGGCAACUUCCUCCUACUGUAAAAUCAGUAAAAGCUCAGGAAUACGGCUACGAUCAGUCCCUGAUGGCGCGGCUGCACAAACACCUGGAGGAGCAAGUGCAGAAGAAUGUUUUGCGGAGCCUGCCGGUGGUGCAGCUGACGGUGCAGUACAGGAUGCACCCUGACAUCUGCCUCUUCCCAUCCAAUUAUGUUUAUGGCAGGACUCUAAAGACUGACAAAGCCACAGAAGAGAACAGAUGUUCUUCAGAAUGGCCUUUCCAGCCCUACCUUAUUUUUGAUGUAGGAGAUGGUCGUGAGGAGCGAGACAAAGACUCUUUUAGUAAUCCUCAGGAAGUGAAGCUGGUGCUGGAAUUAAUUAAAACAAUUAAAGAAAAAAGGAAGGAUCUGGGUCUUCGUCGCAUUGGAAUAAUUACCCCUUACAGUGCACAGAAAAAGAAAAUUCAAGAACAACUGGACAGAGUGUUUGGGAGAGACAUGCACCCAGGAGAAGUGGACACAGUGGACGCAUUCCAGGGACGAGAGAAAGACUGUGUCAUAGUGACCUGUGUCCGGGCAAACAGCACUAGAGGGUCCAUCGGGUUCCUGGCAAGUCUUCAGCGUCUGAAUGUUACGAUUACUCGAGCCAGAUUCAGCCUCUUCAUCCUUGGAAGACUGGAGACGCUCAUGGAAAAUAGAGACUGGAAUGAGUUGAUUCAGGACGCCCAUAAACGAGGUGCCAUUAUCAAGACAUCAGAAGAAAACUAUAGGAAAGAUGCUGUUAAGAUUUUGAAGUUCAGGUCAACAGUGCGGCCCCCAACCAAACCAGAGACAAAGAAAUCUCCUCUGCAGCCUUGUUCUUCCAGUAGCAAGAGGGAUGAGCUCGCAAGCCCAAAGGAGGUCAGCAGCCCCACGGGACACGUGGCUAGUGCUGGCCACACUGAAGCCGAGGGCCCCAGCAGGCAGCGCAGGCUGCAGGCUCCCGGAGAGGCAGCGCCUCCGGGCCCGUGGAAGCUGCAGCAGUGCGUCCCGCUGAUCGAGAGAAACUACGGGACCCGAGGCUGGCAAGCAUGGCUAAAAGUGGACCGAAAGACGUUGUGCAAGUCCUAG